AAGGAAAAGAAGAGUCCCCAGCUGCCGAAAACAAACCCUCGCGGGGGUCCCCAGAGAAGGCUGGGGAUCGCAGCUCUGCUCUCUACUCAGCCAGCCAGUUCUUCUUUGAGUACCUUGUGGUGGUGUCGCUGAAGAAGACGCCAGAUGGCCGCUACGAACCCAAGAUCUCCUACCAGUUCCCCAAGCGUGAGAACUUGCUCAAAGGCCAGAAGGAGGAGGAGGAACGUCUCCUGAAAGCCAUUCCCCUCUUCUGCUUCCCCGACGGCAACAACUGGGCGCCCGUCACGGAGUUCCCCAGUGAAACCUUCUCUUUCGUCCUGACCAACGUGGAUGGCAGCCGGAAGAUCGGAUACUGCAGGCGGCUGCUGCCAGCUGGCCGCGGCACCCGCCUCCCCGAGGUCUUCUGCAUCAUCAGCUGCCUGGGCUGCUUCGGGCUCUUCUCCAAGAUUUUGGAUGAGGUGGAGAAGAGGCGGCAGAUCUCCAUGGCCGUCAUCUACCCCUUCAUGCAGGGCCUCCGAGAAUCGCCCUUCCCGGCCCCGGGGAAAACCGUCACCAUUAAAAGCUUCAUUCCUGAGUCUGGCACAGAGCUCAUCGAGCUCACGCGGCCCGUGGACGCCCACCUGGAGCACGUGGAGUUCCAGGCGCUGCUGCAGCGGCUCAGCCCCCAGCUCAUCCUGCACAUCUUCGCCUCUGCCGUCCUGGAGCGGCGGCUCAUUUUCCUGGCAGAGGAGCUCAGCGUCCUGUCCCAGUGCAUCCACGCCGUGGCCGCGCUCCUCUACCCUUUCACCUGGGCUCACACCUACAUCCCCGUAGUGCCCGACUGCCUGCUCGACACUGUCUGCUGCCCCACGCCCUUCAUGGUGGGCAUUCAGAUGCGUCACCUGGAGCGGGUCCUGGAUCAGCCAAUGGAAGAGGCUCUACUGGUUGACCUGUGUGAAGGGAAGAUUCUCCAGGCGGUGGGUGAUGAAGAGGAGAUCUUGCCCAUCAAGCUGCAGAAUGAGGUGUUGAUGUCCCUCAGCCGGCACCACAGCAACAACAACAUGCAGACAUCCGAGCAGGUGAACGCACUUGUCUCCGAGGCCUUCGUGCAGUUCUUUGUCCGUACCGUUGGCCACUACGCCGCACACAUCAAGUGGGGCAGGAACGGCCGGGGUGCCUUCCAGGAACGGGCCUUCUGCAAAGCCCUCGCCUCCAAGACCAACCGCAGGUUUGUGAAGAAGUUUGUCAAGACCAACAUGUUCUCCCUAUUUAUUGAGGAAGCGGAGAAGAGUAGGAUCCCCCAGGAAGCCUAUUUCCAGCAGAAAAUAACAGAAUACCACGAACAGAAGAAGCACCGAAGGGAAUCCUGAAGGCUGGGGAGUGAGAAGCAGGGCUGGGGCCAAGCAGGUCUCUGCCA